AUGGAUGGUAGCAUGUCUCCAUCACCACCAAUUCUACAGGUAGUUCCAUCCGGAAGUAUUAAUGUGAUAGAAAAUGAUAUUCUUGAUUUGCCACCUCUAAUGCAUUUACCACCUUUAAUGGUUAGAUGUAACAAAUCCAACUUCAAGGCUACCUUCAAGGACUGUCAAGAUUUCGAUGGCACGAAGCCCUGGUAUUUGGGCUACAUUAACUGUGUUAUCCUAGACCCUACUGCAAUUGAUACCACCGACCAAAUGAAGACCACUGCAAGAGAAGUCAUUAGCUUGAACCCUCUUGGGAUCCUUGCAAGCCAAGCAGUCAAUAGAAUUGCAAUAAGAUAA